GUCGUUUCAAAGUGAAUGAAGUUCGACACAUCGUGCGUGCUCCUGUUUCACUGUUUUCAUUCUAAAAAAUUAAAAAUGAGUCAAGAGGACUUCCUGAAAAACUAUAGAAUUAUUGUUGAAAAAAUAUUCAACAAUUGGCAAAACCUACGUCUGGCAGUGGAACAUGGCAUGGGAGGCAGAAAUGGACAACAGGUUGCCAUAGAAAUAAUGAACUAUACGUACCAAUACUGCGUUGGAAAUGAAAACAUAACUGAGGGAGAGCUUCAGGAUGUUAUUGAAGAAUUGUUGGACCAGGAAUUCGAUACUAUAUGUGAAGAUGGGUCUGUAGCAGAAAUUUCCCGACACUUGUUGCGCUACAAGCACAUGAGUAUCCAGGGACAAUAUGCGGAAAUAGAGGCGGAACUGAACAGACUACCACAGGGCAAAGAAUGGCUGAGAAACGAUGUAAAAAUCACUUACACACCUAUAGACGGUGAAUCCUCUUCUGAAGAUGAUGGCUCAGAUUCCUCCGGCGACGAAAUGGACGUAGAAGAACAACCCUCUUCUAGUAGUAAAAGAACAACACGGGCACAAGCACGUAAAGAGGAGGAUGAUUUUGUUGAACCGGAAGAAGGCUGGACUACAGUUAGAAAUAGGAGGAAAUAGUGUGCACCUUCUCGCGUUUAUCAUUUAAUAAAAUAUUUGUACCUACCUAGUAAAAAUAGAGCGGCACGAGAAUGCUAAAAAAAUAA